AAGCUUCGAUUUAAAAUUAAAUCCCUUGAUCUUUCUCACAGAAAACGAUCCGACGGUAUAAACAGUGCGCGACUCAGUCUCCCAGUGCAUCAGCGCAUCUCGGAACGCAAUCGUAGCAACACACUGUCAACAAAGGCAUCCGAAAAGCGGAAAACAGUGAGCCCACUUUAUCAGAUAACACGUGCAAAGUAUGAAGUUACGUAAGAACCCGGCAAACAUUGCUGCACCUUCUCUCGCACUAUGUACAGAUUAGCGAAAAUGAGUCAAGUCGGAGAAAUGGGAAGUGGCGCCGGUAAGGGUGGCGGUGGCGGUGGAUCGAUCCGCGAAGCUGGUGGAUCGUUCGGCAAAAUGGAAGCAGCCCACGAAGAGGAAUACUUCUACAAGCAGCAGCGUGAGCAGCUGGCUAAGCUAAAAUCGACAACCGACAGUACCGGGGCCGGGGCAACGAAACCGAGCGGCGAUGGCCAAAAGUAGAUUGUUAGCGUUAGCGGCUUACCUUUGUUUACCUUACCGAAGCUAGCGAUUCCUGUCUGGUGUAGCAUCUGACCAUAGAUCGACAGCUCCUCCAGCGUAGCGGACACUUCGUACGACUCCCGGCGACGAUAUGGAUGGAUGUUGAAAUGCUCGAAUAUGUUGCGCCAGUCACCGUAAAUGGCGAAAUUUUUCUCAUCAAACACACAUUGAUCGAACAAUAUAUCCCUCUUGAUGGAACUGUA